CAACUAUUGGAAUUAGUAAAGUACUUACCUCAAGUACAAAAUGCAAGCAUGCAGUGAUAUCAGGUGUAACAAAAUGUGAGAUUUACCAAAAACUUUCUGCACCAAAUCCUCCUAAGCAAAAAGACUUGGUACCAGAAUAUAAUAUAUCUGAACAAGCAGUUUCAGAUAUUUGGUGGUUGCAAUAUGCAUUUGCAAAACAAAUGCUAUUAAGUGAUGAGGUUCUUAUAGAGAAAGCGAAGAGUAUCGCUUCUCACCUUGUUAGUGAAAGUGAAAGUAGUCCAUCAAAAGCUGAACUUAGUAAAGAACAUAAAAGAUUACAUACUAUUAUUGCACAAUAUCCACUGGAUGAUGUUUGGAAUGCUGAUGAAACUG